AUGUCUUCACUUCGUAAUGCAGUUCAAAGACGCAAUCAUAAAGAACGUUCACAAUUACACUCAAGGAAAAGAUACGGAUUACUUGAGAAGCAUAAAGACUAUGUGCUUCGUGCAAGAGAUUAUCAUUCAAAACAAGAAAGGCUUAAAAAGUUGCGAGAAAAAGCAUACUUUAGAAAUCCUGACGAGUUUUACUUUAAAAUGAUAAAUUCAAAAACAAAAGAAGGAGUUCAUAUACAAGAGCGUAAUAAUGCAUUUUCGGGAGAUAUGAUAAAAUUAUUAAAAUCACAAGAUUUAAAUUAUGUAAAGACGCAACAUGAUCUUGGUCAAAAAAAAAUAGAGAAAUUAAAAAAUGAAAUACAUUUUAUUGAACCAAAUUUAAAAAAAGAAAUUGACGAUAAAAAAUUAAAUUUAUUAAAAGACCAAGAUAAACAACAACAUAUAAUAUUUGUUGAUACAAAGGAAGAAGCAAGAAGCUUUGAUAUAGUAAAACAUUUUGAGACAUUACCAGAAUUAAUGGACAGAAAAUUUAAUAGACCACGCGUUGAAACAUUAAAGAAGAUAGCGAUUAUAAAUGCUCCAGAUGAUGAACAUGAAAUUCAAAAAUUAAAUAGACAAAAAUUAAAAAAAUAUAAAGAGCUAAUUGCAAGAAUGGAACGCCAAGAAGAGUUAAAGAGAGCAGAAAUGGAAUUACAAACACAAAAAAAUUUAAUGGGUAAAGGACGUCGAAGAAAAGUUGGUGUUGAUAAAAAUGGUUUAGCAAUAUUUAAAUGGAAAAAUGAUCGAAAAAAAUGA